AUUGAAGUCAGACCAUUCUGAUUCUCUGUAUUUAUUCCAAGAUUGCUAGCGCGCGCCCUCGCCUUGCGCCCACAGGUUCAUGUAUCUGCAGGCGAAGCUAAAAACAUGGCUGGAGCCGCAGAUCAUGAUCGACCUGUAUCUCUUCGGCAAACGAGUAUGGGGUGUAAGUACUUACAUGUAGGUUGAUGCCGGUGAAGACGUUCGGCUUCAUACCGAGCAGAAAAAUAGAAAUACCGAAUGACCCACUGACCUGGCACUCUCCGCUUGCUUUUCUGCUUUCGCCAUGCUUCUGUUCUUUUUUCGAUCUCGAAAUUGGAUGCAAGAAUACAAGAUAGCGGCUUCUACAGUCUGUAUCUUAGCAUUUUUGAGUUUCCUCUGUGCGUGAUUUCUACUAUUUGGUGGGGCGAAAAAGAAUACUCUGUUCGGGCAAGAACAAGCGAUGGCGGAGAUCAUGAGGAACGCUGGCCCCUCUGGGCCACCUACGCCCUCAAACAAGAACGUCGUGCGCCCUUUUCCCCCGAACAAGUGGGUCGACGUCGGUGUUCUAAAGAAUACCAGACACCCUUGGUAUGGCUACGAGUGGGCCGUGGGCAAGGGCGGAAAAAAAAACUGGGCUAGGAUGAAUCCUGCCAGAACGGAGUACCAGGAAAAGCGGGGGGGUGGAACAUGUGGAGGCCUCGUCGCCAUCGAUUCGCGACACGCAGCGCCGCUCGCUGUGCCGGAAUUUGCGGAAAAGGCCAAAGUACUGCGGAACCAUCUCCAUGCCCAACACAAUCACGAGCGGCGAGAACUAGCCGCGAAGGCAGAAAAGUACCAGCUACAGCUGCAGAAUUGCAGGGCUUCCGCAUCAUCAUCGGCGUCGUCUUCAUCUUCCUCUUCGUCGACGAGUAGGCGCCCCCUGCAAGUCCCUGCCCAUUGCCACACCCGUGAAAACGCGGCAGAACCAUUGACGUUUUUUUCUUCGGCCUUCUCAGCACAAGCACCAACACCAAGCGGCGAAAAGCCACCGCUGUGGACGAUCGAGGACGGGUUGAAGUCAUCUGCUGCUUGCGGCCAACGCACCGCAAAAACGAUGUCACGCGCGGCUGUCUCGGCGGAAGAUCUCGUGCUGCCGGCGAAUGUGCCAGCACCGACAAGCAAUGACAUUCCGGAUGACGUUCGCUGCAUCGAGCUCAUCGAAGUAGUAUGCCGCGUCAAGAAGUUUCUUUCCUCGCGACAGUUGCUGCCAUUAGAUAAUCGGAAUGAAAAUGGCAGGAACUAUGUGUAGUUUUAUGCGCCCAUUCAAGGUUGGACGUGGAUCGAUAGCAUUUCCAUUUGCACUGCCUUAUAUGGCCUCGAGACCUUUUUUUGUAAGUGUAGAUCGUUGAAUUCAGCGUGCAUGGCUUCGAGGCGUAAAAAGAACAAGCCGACGGAAAGAAAACAACUGCACAGGAAUAAGUGAGUCAAGACAUUGAUCUAGAAACCCACCUUUUGCCUCCUAAAUUUGUCGCGAAACUUCACAAGCCGCACAGGUCCCAUAAGGGAUUGCUGAAAUCGUUGAAAUGGUACAGAGGCAGUCACAGUGCGACACAGACAUUUGCGAACGUCUGCAAUCCAUCCGGUACCGGUAAUUAUCACUUUCGUGUGUUUUGCUUUUUGUUUUUGAGAGGAUUUUUUUUUGAUCGUUGAUCAUGGCGUUGUACGAGAAUAAACCGAACACUCGAACCGUAAAUAAUGAUGUGUGAAUUUCUUGGAGCCCAUCUACGAGCAUGAAAAACAUUCCCACCUACGAUACCGAUGCGCAAUUUUUUUGAAAACAACAACAAAUGUUGCUUCUUUUUCAUGAAAUAACAGCACACAACCAGCCAGAAUCGCCAUGGUUGUGCAGAAGUUUUUCCGAGAUACGCAACUACUUCGAUCGAGAACGAGACCUACUUGCUGCGGCCUCCCGUACAAAUUCAGGGGAGAGCGAACUAUCGCGCGAGGAUAUCUUGUUUAACGAGAUUUUUACCUUAUGGGCUCAGAGAAAUUCAUGUCUAGUACCAUGUUCGAAAAUUUAAAUUUCGCAGUUUUCGAAUAGCGCCAAUGGCAAAACAUUGCGCGCCUCCUUUGCUUGUGCAAGUUGCCCAGCCACGGAGCUGCUGCCAGAGUCGAACCGCUACAGUUCUGCAAGAAGUAGCGACGGCAGCGCCGGCGCCGCGCUUUUUAUUUCGCACGUUAAGCGCUUCGGCCCUCUGGGUUAUGACCUCACUCCUGGCAUCCUGCUCUGUUGUGGUCGUCGCCCGGGCACAGGCCUGCCGCCCACGUUGGGGCCUUUGCCCGAAGAAAAAACUGGAGCAGUUGCACUGGUCGCCGGCUUGUGUUUCUCGGUCUUAGGUGUUUCGGCUCAGUUUGGUGGCUCUGCGUGUUUUCGGUUUUCGGCGGUUUUGUCGGCCAUCGGGGGCCGCGAUUUGGGGGCAGGGCAUAGGGGUUCUGGCCGCCGGGAGCGUCUGUAGUUCGCCCCUCUGAGUGGCAGAGCGACACCUCUACAGACGGCAAGCAUUCACGAUCGGCACUGGCACUAUGAAGAUUGUGGCUAAGAAACCAGCUGAGUGGAGUGCGUUGCGAACCACUUUAGGGCAUGUUCUGAAUAGUGAGGGGCCCGGCUCCGGUUUUCAGGGGGUGCGCUCUGUGGUCCCCUCGCGGUGUGUAGCUGCAAGGCUUUGCCGGAAGGUGGCUGCCCGAGCCCUCCUUCCGGCGCCCUCCAGGCAUUCUCUUGUGGGGUGUUUUAAGUCGUCGUCGAUGUGGCGCCACGCUAGGGCCAGCUCGGAAAAGGAAGGGCAUUAGGUCCGCGCCCGGCUUCGCAUAGGCCAGGGCGCAAGAGGUUUCGGGCCGUGGACAAGCAAAGCCAACAAAGCUGAGCGCCUUCGCCGUGGUUCGGCAAGCUGGUUGCCCUUCGUGAAGUGAAGCGCCUCAACUCCGGCCAUUUUUGUAAAACCCGCCCCCGACUGCGAGGUGGCUCGAGGCGAGACAAAUGACACGGCCCCACGUGGAUGCCAGCAUAGGCAGGCUCCUCCCGCUUCGGCCUCUGGGGCAGGUAGGUCUGCAAGGGUUGAGCGGCCUCAGCUCAGAAGGGGGCGAUGGGCUUUGCCUUCAAAGCUGAAGCGCCUCGGGUCUGGCCAUUUAGAAGAAAGCAGCGGGAGGGCCGGGGCCGUUUCCGGGUUGGGACGAGGGGCGCCUGGGUUCCGAAGAAUGUGGCGGAGGUUUGGAAGGAGGGGGUCCAGGCUCCGGAUGAGGGCGCUUGGGCUGUGGAAGAAGUGGUCUGGGUUCCGCGUGAAGGGGGCCGGGGCCCACAGGAGAAGACCUGGCUCCGGGAGUAGGCGGCUGAACUUGUAGAGGAGGUGGUCCGGGUUGGGAAGGAGAAGGCUCGGGCCCCAGGGGAGGUAGCGGGGGUUGGGGGAGGAGGUAGUUGGGACAUCUGCUGGCGCUAGUGCAAAUUGUUGGGGAUGAAUCGUUUUCGUUUUGGAUUUGCGUUCGACUCUUCCGGCUACACCUUGCAAUGAGUCCAGGCAGGGACUCCUUGCAAGGACUCCUUCGAAGGAGUCUUUUAAAUUUACGCACUUGAAUUUAUUGCCAUUGGCAACAAAUUCAAGUGCGUAAAUUUAAAAGACAGUAAAUUCAAGUGCGUAAAUUUAAUUAUGAAGAGAAAUAGUUGAGACUCUAUUGAAAGAGUCAUUGCAGUGAGUCGUUCCAGUGACUCUUUUAAAUUUUCACACUUGAAUUGUUACCCAUCGGGGGUAGCAAAAAAAAGAGUGCUGAAAGCGACUCGUUUUUCGAGACCAAUAACAGCCCCAACAAAUUUUCACACUUGAAUUAAUUUCCACCAGGAGGAGUCGCCUUCGUCAGUGGCGAAUAGAUUUUCAGUUUACAAUGGGCAUUUUCACCUCUAGGUGAGAGGCGAAAGCGCUGUCGCCUCUCACCUAGAGGUGAAAAUCCUCAUUGGUAACUGAAAAGCUUUUCAGUUACCAAUGGGGAUUUUCGCCACUCGGUGAGUGGCGAAAGCGCUUUCGCCACUCACCGAGUGGUGAAAAUCCCCAUUGGUAGCUGAAAAAUGUUUCAGUUACCAAUGGGGAUUUUCACCAGCCGGGGGCCGGCGAAAGGCAUUUACACACUUGAAUUUCUCAGGCUCUAAAAGAAAAGCGGCGUUUUUCUUUUAGAGCCUGAGAAAUUCAUGUGUGUCAAAUUCGAUUUCUUCAAAAAGUUCAACCUUUGGCCGCCGUGAUCCGGAGCUGGCAAUCAAGCCAGCCCCGACGGUCGGCGACCAACCGCCUUGUUGGCGAAAGCGGAUUGGUUCAACAUUUACACACAUGAAUUUCUCAGGCUGUAGAAGAAAAACGCCGUUUUUCUUUUAAAGCCUGAGAAAUUCAUGUGUGUCAAAUUCGAUUUGUUGAAAAAGUUGAACCUUUGGCCGCCGUGAUCCGGAGCUGGCAAUCAAGCCAGCCCAGACGGCCGGCGACCAGCCGCCCUUUUGAUGGAAGGGGAUUGGCUCAACAUUUACACACAUGAAUUUCUCAUGCUCUAGAAGAAAAACGCCGUUUUUCUUUUAGAGCCUGAGAAAUUCAUGUGUGUCAGAUUUGAUUACUUGAAAAGAUUGAACCUUUGGCCGCCGUGAUCCGGAGCUGGCAAUCAAGCCAGCCCAGACGGCCGGCGACCAGCCGCCCUUUUGAUGGAAGGGGAUUGGCUCAACAUUUACACACAUGAAUUUCUCAGGCUCUGAAAGAAAGACGCCGUUUUUCUUUCAGAGCCUGAGAAAUUCAUGUGUGUCGAAUUUGUUGGCUUCGGAACCUCAAAGCCGUGGUGGGCACCUCAUGGACUAGGCAAUGGAGCCAACCUCGGCGUUCGGGGAUCAAGCGGCUCCGGAUCGAGGGCCGGCUUGUUCGAAGUCCACAAAAGAGAAGCUCCAGAGUUCUGGAAGAAAAACGGCGCGUAUCUUUCAGAGUUCUCGAAGCCCCCUUUUCGGGGCCUUGUUGACUUUGGAAGCUGAAUGGGGUUCGCCGGGGCCGGGUUUUGGGCGCGUGUUAUAAGAUUCGCAGAGGGUUUCGAAGUUUGCGAAUUUUAAAUUUUCAGAAAUGGACUCUCACAUGAAUUUCCGAGAGCCUAUAUACCUAUUUCAAGGAGCGGGCCGUCUUGGUGUGGUUGCUACGACGAAUUCGAGAUGCAGAGCAGGGCAGCGCCAGAAACAGUAAAGCUGCUGCGGAUAACGCGAAUGGGAAUCAGUGGACAAGCUCUAGUGCAAGGACUCUGCUCGAGAGCGGCUACGCCAUGCGUGUGCUGGGCGAAAAAGGAGCAGAACGGUUGGAAAUGCAACGCGCAGCUCGUUUGGCGAUGCUCGAACAGCAUCUGGAUUCGCAUUCGGAAAUCACGACUACACGCACGAGAAGCAAGCAUCACAACAACGCACAAGUUGUCUGCGCUGCCGAACCGGAACCAGCAGCGGGAGCAGGUGUUUCACAGGUAAAGGAACAACAAAAGCCGGAAUCGCCACAACUAGUCGACGGCCGUUCCAGGAUCAAGAGAGAGCAGAAGCAAAAUCCUGGUGACGACGCAUGUGAGGACGCAUCGGCGUCCCUGUCCAGGCAGGCCGGGUCCAGCCAGCAUCAUUCAGCAGCGUCUUUUGUUCCUGAUUUUGACAAAAGCGGAAAAACCAGCAUCAAGCAAGAGGGAACGUCGUCCGUGUCACCCAUCGUAGGCGAAUCCGGUUUGUUGAAAGCUGAGUCUUCUGGUUCUCCCGAUGUUCAAUUCAAGGCAGAAGUGCCUCCUCCUGAAAACGUGACGAGUGAAAGAUCCAUCAAGCGGGACCCAGAGCUGAUCACCACGAGUUCGGCCACAGAGCGAGAGAACUGCGCUCCCACGACCCGAAUCAAGUGCGAGCCCACCUCACCCGGGGCCGCUGAUCGUCGCCGCAGCCGAGUCAACUGCGAGCCUGAAUGCACGAGCAAGCGCGAUCCUGUGCGCAUUAAGAAAGAGCCCACUUCACCAACGUCGCCGGAAUUACCCCGUUUUCGGGUCAAGCAAGAUCUCAUCUUUCAAAACUCUCGCGAGGAGGCAGGAACGCGAACACUGCGGAUCAAGAACGAGCAGCACUCGCCUUGCACUAAAACGCAGUCAGAACGUAUCGGCUUUUUGGGUCAUCCACUGCAACAAGUGAAGCGGGAGGUUGCACCCGUUCCCGUCAAUCGGUCUGCAAACAAACCGACAUCCGAAACACAACACAACGGAGGCGGGCAUUUGGUUGGUGACAAGAAAAGCAAAAAAAAGCAAUCAGAUUCGUCGCUUCCCUCCUGCGCGACCGCAGCUAAGCGUGAACGUCCACUGGAAACCGAGCACGAGGAUACCAGCAGCGAUCAUGGCGUUUUAGCUUUUCUUCCAGCGAAGGUACUAGAAGGGAGAAAGAUCAUACCUUGCCGUCAGCUGAGCAACAUGGCUGAGCCAAGAGCCCGCAACUUUUCCACGGUAGCAGAUAAGGCCCAAGAACAACAAGCCGAUCAGCGGCUCGAAUCCUGCAUCCAAGACACGACCCACCCACCCGCCAAGGUCUUGCUGAAAAGCGAAAACUAUCCGGAGGUGAGCGGAUGGUAUUUCCUGACGCAUACCGUGACGCAGCUCGGGGGCCUGAUCUACCCGAUGUACAAAUCGGAUCUUGCCACUGGCAAGCCGGUUUU